UGCAUGCGAAGUACAAAGAAUGCCAAGUAGAAAAACCUGAUAUUGAAGUCAACCAUACUGUCAUAGGAGAGAGAUCAUACUUCAUUCACACAAUGACAACCAGACACGCAAAUGGACGCAGACUAGAUACAAGUCUUUCAACUAUCAACGUACGGACGUACUUUGUGUGAAUGUAUGAAUGAAUGAACGAAUACAUUAUGUAAAUUUACAUUUAAACACAUGAUAAUACAGUACAUUUGAAAACUUUCACUAAAAUGUGGAGACGAGGUUGCUUAUUUCCUGCUGAGUUUGUGCCUGUCACUUCAUGGUACCAAAGCUCAUAAAUAUAAAAAUGUUCAGUGUUACCCAUAAAAUCGGGGAAUUAAAUCAAUUCACGGGCAAAUGUUUGCAAAUAAAAUUAUCCGCACCAAAAAAGUCCACAGUGACACACAACAAUUGCGCAUAUGUACCUCAAAGAACGAUUAUGGAUAUUCCAGGACCAACAAUGACCGAGAGUCUCGUGCUAUUGGCAAAAUAUGGUUUCCGUAAACAUCAUAUUUUUGUGGAGGAAAUGUUUCAACGUUAUGGUCCAAUAUUUCGACACAGUUUACCUGGAGCACGUUAUAUUUAUGUCUCGGACCCGUCAGAUAUUGAGCGAGUCUUUCGAAGUGAAGAAGAAAACAGGCCGUAUCGCGGUGACAUCAUACUUACUCAGUAUGCCGAAAGAAAAGGUCUGGAGUUAGGUUUAGCGGGUGAUGACAAAACCUGGUUGAAAAAUCGUCAGCUUAUUGCACCGAAACUCUUGCGUCUGGACGCUUUAAGACCGUACUACACGGAAAUGUUAAAUGUUGCAAACGACACAAUUGACAACUUCAAAGAUGGAGAAAACGGAAACAUGCAAGAUCACUUAUUUAGGUGGGCGGCAGAGAGUAUGGGUGUCAUCUUGUUUGGAAUACGCAUUGGUACAAAUUACACGGAAUUAAAAAAGCAAGCAAAAGCAUUUAUUUGUUCAGUGGAAAACUAUUUUAAGGCCGAGACAAAGUUGUUUUUCAACAUACCACUUCAUAAGUACUUCAUGACGCCACAACUGAAGAAGACGUUUGAAUAUUUUGAUGAAAUGAUUUCAAUUACCACUGACUUAGCUGCAGAAACGAGAAAACGUAUAAACUCGACAACGAAAAACUCCAUGGUGACGAAGUUAGAAGAGGACGAUAAAGUGAAUAAGGAGUACACCAUGUUCAUAGUAAACAAUCUCUUUCUUGCAGCCAUCCAUACAACCGGUAGUUCAACUCUCCAUCUUCUUCAUGCUUUAUCGGAACAUCCAGAUGUUCAGGAGAAAGCUUACGAUGAGAUAAAAAAUAUUUUAGGAACGCAAUACCAACAACCUUGCCAUGAGCAACUAUCGCAAUUUAAAUACGUACGAGCUGUGAUAAAGGAAGGGUUUAGAUACAAUUCAACACCACUUGGAAACAUGCGCGUAACAAAGUCGCCAAUACGCAUAAAGGGAUAUCAAAUUCCACCUGGGACGAAUGUUGUCAUGUCGACUGUGGCAUCAAAGGAGAUGCAGCAACAAAAGUAUGGAGAUCCAGAAAGAUUCGCACCUGAGAGAUGGUUGCGCGAUACCGAGAAGGCUGAUAUUCAUCCUUUCUCCUCGCUGCCCUUUAGUUUUGGGAAAAGAUCGUGUGCUGGAAAACGAGUCGUAGAAAUGGAAAAGACGCUCCUUCUUAUAAGGCUCUUGCAAAAGUAUAAGAUCGUAAAGAAUAAAGAUCAUGUUAAUUGGAUAUUUAAUGUAUUAGUAACUCCUGACAGACCUUAUACUAUGCAGCUAAAGAAGCGUCAGUAAAUUGUUUGCGUUAGUUGUCAAGGUUACGGUUAAACCAUAAUAUAUUUUCAUUGACUUUAUUACAUCAUCUCUAGAAAGAUGACAUCUUGUUUUUUUACGCACAGAACGUCAAUGAACAGGGGGGAACAUUCAUAUAUUCAGUUGUGCCUUACUGAAUUUUUUUGAAAAUGAAUUCACUUUCAAAAGAGAUCAGUAGUGCACGACGGAAUAUAUGAAUAUACACCCCCCCUUCCCAAAUAACGUUCUUGUUAAGCUUCGUAGUUAAGUAUGAGAUGUUUUAUUUAUCUUACUACUCUCAGAAAAUCUGAGGAAUAAAAAAAUAUAUAUACCAUUUCUAUUAAACAGGUUUAUCUAAAUUAAGCAAAAUGAAUAAAUUAAGUCUUCUACAUAAA